AUGGGACAAAGACGCGUCAAACGCCAAGCGGCUUCUCAAACACCAGUACCUGAGACUGCUAUGCGUCAGGUGCUGGAAUGUUAUGAGACAUUCUAUCUUAUAUGCACAUUCAUGGACAUGCCAACACUGCUGCAUGCCCAACUCGUGUCUAAGCAUUGGCAUGAAAUGAUUUCGACAUCGCCCCUGUUGCAGCAGAACCUCUUUUUCAAGCCUCGCCCAUCCGUCAACACAGAGGAACCCGGCAUCUUCAAUCCUCUGUUAUUAAAACACUUCGAGAGAAUACUCAAAGGCAGGGAGUCUUAUCACAACACGAUGAAUCACAGCACCACAGCGAUGUUUGACAUGAGCAUUGCCAAUAUGAAAGAUGGUCGCAAGGUUCACAAAGCCUUUAUACGUCGCGAUGCAUCCUGGCGACGAAUGUUGGUUGCACAACCGCCAAUAACGUCAAUCGGCUAUGUGGGCAAGGUCAACGACGAUGAGAACUGGAGACUACUUCCAUUCCCCGAGGGGCUCCGUAUGGGCGAUUUAUACGACAUGGUGUUCCAGGCAAUCUGGGGUAAACCUGGGGAGGCCCAUGGUUCUGCCUAUAUAGACUUUCCACCCUAUAAUCGUCACUACUAUAACAGAUCCGAUCAUAUGUUGACAAAGUGGAAGGAGAUGCCUCCCAUGUUGGUUGGGUCGGUAUCAAAGUAUUAUGCAGAUCAAACGUGUGAUAUAUAUCAGGGCAUGCAAGUCCACGCGUUGGAUAUUCAAGUGCGAGGGAUUUGA